AUGAACAACUGUACACUGCAAAAUCUAUUAUUGUUUGGCUGCAUUAUUGUGUUGAUUAAUGGCAACACCAGAUCGGCGGCGUCUUCUUCCCCUGCGGACUCGCUGCUCGGAGUUUCACCUGAAGAUUUGAGUUAUUACAAGGGAUUGUCAUCGACUGGUACGAUAUACUGCAAAGAUGGAUCUAAAAAAUUUAGCAAGUCACAGUUCAAUGACGAUUUCUGUGACUGCCCUGAUGGUUCGGAUGAGCCAGGAACAUCAGCCUGCCCCAGUGCGAAAUUCUACUGCAAGAAUGCUGGCCAUGUUCCCGUGAUCUUAUAUUCGUCGAGGGUCAAUGAUGGUAUCUGCGAUUGUUGUGAUGGGAGUGACGAGUAUGACGGUAAGACCAAGUGCCCAAACACAUGCUGGGAGGCAGGAAAAGUAGCGAGAGAAAAAUUGGUGAAAAAGAUUGCCACAUAUCAGGAAGGUGUCACCAUACGCAAAAAGGAAAUUGAGCAAGCUAAAUUGUCCAUUGCCAAGGAUGAAGGAGAAUUGUCAAAGCUGCAACAUGAGGAGAAAAUACUCAAGGAACUAGUCGAGAAGCUCAAGGAGCGCAAAGAACUGAUUGAGAAGGCUGAAGAAAAAGAACGGCUGGAGAAGGAAAAGGAAGAGAAAGAAAGAAAGGAAGCUGAAGAAGCUAAACAGACGGAAACAACAGCUGAAGAAGCUGAGGAGAAGGAAACAAAAGCUGAAGAUAUUUUGUCCGAGCAGCAUGAUAUUCUUGAUAAUGCUGAGGCAGUAGAUGAAGAUUCACAGGAUCCAGCGGAAGACCAUCCCAAAACUGAACCUGAGCUUGAUCAUUCUAUUAAGGAUGAACCUCAAGGAGAUGGAGUAGAAGAUAAUGAGGGUUCUAUCCAGGUUCACAUUGUUUUAUCCAAAUAUCGCUUCUUGAGGCCACACAAAAUGUUUCAAGCAUUUCUGUGUUUCCAGAAUGAAGAUAUUGAGACAUUAUCAAGAGAUGAGUUAGGACGUCGAGUGGCAUCACGGUGGACCGGGGAAAAGACUGGGAAACAUGAGGAGCUUGACACCUCUAUAGAUAAGAAUCAUGAAUUUCCUGAUGAGGCACCAGAUGAAAUCAGUGAUGAGGACAACCAUGGCUAUGGGUCAGAUGAUGACGAGCAUAAUUAUGAUGAUGAAGAUGACAGCGGAGACCCAGGCGACGAUUUUGGAGGGGAGGAUCAUUAUAGUUCAGGUUCUUCUCAAAAACCUGAGUCUGAUGAUGAGUAUGACUUGUCAGAUGUUACUGGCACAAGUGGCUCAUCUUGGCUGGAGAAGAUACAGAAGAAAGUGAAAAGCGUCUUUCAGGCUGUCAAUUUAUUCCAGAAACCUGUUAAUAUAUCUGAGGCUGCACAUGUUCGCAAAGAAUAUGAUGAAUCCAGUGCCAAGCUGUCCAAGAUACAGUCAAGGAUAUCGAGUCUUAAGAAGAAACUAAAACAAGAUUUCGGUCCUGAUAAGGAGUUUUAUUCAUUCUAUGGUCAAUGUUUCGAGACCAAGCAGAACAAGUACGUUUACAAAGUAUGCCCUUUCAAAGAAGCUACCCAAGCGGAGGGUUACAGCACAACUCGACUGGGGAGCUGGGACAAAUUCGAAGAUUCUUACAGAACCAUGCAGUUUUUACAUGGAGAUAAGUGCUGGAAUGGUCCAGAUAGAAGCUUAAAGGUCAAGUUAAGAUGCGGACUGAAAAACGAACUUGCAGAUGUUGACGAACCAAGUCGAUGCGAGUACAUGGCAUUGUUAUCCACUCCUGCUCUUUGUGUUGACAGUAGACUUAAGGAACUUCAAGAAAAAUUGGAGUCACUGAACAAGGAUCAACCCCAAGGACACGAUGAGCUAUGA